CAUGCAGGUGCGAAUGAAACACCAACUGGCGUGCAUGUACACCGACUGGCGUUGAUUGGGCAACCCUUAACAUCUAAAGUUACACAUUUAUUAGCGCUGAAAAUGGAGACUUUUAUGCGAAUAUGCUUUUUUGUAAUCUGUGGAUUUUUAAAAUUAAACGACGCGACAGAAUCCGAAGAAGUCUGCAGUAGCAUUAAACGCGGAUGUGACGAUCUGGAAAAUGCGUUAAAUAUCUCCCAUCACUGGCCCUACACUCCCAACUUUCUGGAUGAAAUACGGGAAAACGACCUCCUUUGCAGCCAUGCCAAUACAACCUUGAACUGCAUUCGCCAACUGCGUUCCCGGUGUCCGGUAUACGUCCGGGAAAAGCUGCACUCUACAGCAUACGGCUUCUACAGAGAGGCUGCCAAAGAAUCUUUGAUCAAGCUUUGCACUGUCACAAGUGCCAUACGGAUACGGAAUGCUAAAAUGCACUGUAACAAUCAAAUGCAGACCAGCAAUUUUGUAGUGCAACAGGUACUAGGACCGUUGACCUUUGAAACCAUCGUCAGCACUGCCAUAACAGAGUCGACGGCCGUUGCUGCUGUUUGCCGAGUGAAUCGAGACUACCUGACGGCAGUGGACACUGACGCUCGUGUGGCAGCGAACCUGCUGUCGCACUGUGGAUCGGAAGCAUUAAACGUAAUAAAAGCCGGCGUGGCGAAGGUGUUGCUGAUCACUCCGUGUCCCGCUGAUCCGUGAUCUAAAGAUCGCAGUGAUCGAAGAAAAUGCGUUUCUUGUCUUAAAAACGAUCAUCAUUUAACGCUGUGUAUUAAGUUUCAACUGUGUAAAGCCAACUAACCGAGUUCGUUAACGGAAAUGGCCCAAUACAGUACUAGUACAUGGUACCAGUUCCGUACAUCCACUGAAACGUUCCAUUUCGCGCGCCGCAAAGCAAUUUUUGUAUUCGCUUUAUGUCAUUCUACAGCCAAAGUGUCUUUGUGUUUUGACGUGGAAGCCGUUUGCGCGUAAAACAUUCAAAUGUUCGUAACUGGAAAUCACUGUUGUUAGACUAUUUCCUGUAUACUUUUAUCGCCAGGUUUAUAUGUCUAUG